CCAAUCCAUCAUCCAUCGUCGCAUCUCUCCUCGGUAGCCAUCUCUCCAAGGAAAGUAAAGGUUCCUUCCUCAUCUUCCUUUCGUUUCUCGGGAGCCGAGAGCCGCUGGGACCGGUGCCUUUCCUCCUCUGCUCUCCUUCCCCCCUCUUGGCAGCCUUGCUGCUGUGAUUUUCUUCACCUCCUCGGUUCUUGAUUGCUUGCUGAGGGUGAGAGAGGGUGCCGGCGGAGCUCGGCUCCGACGCCUGAUCUUUCCGUCGAUUGACCAGGCAGCGGGUGGCCGUGGAGCAUUUCUGGGAUGGGGCUGCUGUUCGUGGAGCGGCUCGAGGGGGAGGGCGUGUUCAGGUGCCGGCGCUGCCGCGUGGACGCCGCCUCCAAGGAUGCCAUCAUCUCCAGGGACUUCUACGGCCGCACCGGCCGCGCCUACCUCUUCGACCACGUUGUGAACAUAUGCCUAGGACCGAAUGAGGAUCGCAAUCUUGUAACUGGCCUCCACACAGUGAAUGACAUCUACUGUAGCUGCUGCCAACAGAUUCUUGGCUGGAGAUAUGAGAGAGCCUACGACCAAAGCCAGAAAUACAAGGAAGGGAAGUACAUCCUGGAGAGAGCUAGAAUGGUGAAAGACGGCUGACGACCAUUGGAAUGUUGUUACCACUGAAAAUUGAAGAAGCGCACAACCAUAAAGAUAUCGGGUAGCUUGAGCUCACUGCCGAUUAGCUAGGGAGAUGACUGGUUGCAGAUGCUGUGAUUUGUGGAAUCUGAAUUCUCGUAAAGAAAUUCUGGUAACUUGUUAGCAGUGCUAACUUUUUGUGAAGGGCUUUGCUACGGUACACCAAAGUGACUGUGGACCGUUGAUCUAAUGUCAUAUUACUUUUUA